AUUAUAAUAGGAGAUUAAUUCCCAUGGGUACGGGGACAUAUAUAUCUUUUCUUUUUUUUUCGAGAUAAAUCUCAAGUUUUUCUUUUUCUAUAAACAAACGGAGAGGGGCUUUUAUUAUAUAUAUACAGUCGGAGCUACAAAGACCUGUUAAUUCUUCAAGCCGGUUUCGAGGCAUAGAACAAUUUGAUCUUUCCCUUUUUUUUCAUCACUCUGAACGAACCCCAACCAGUGUAGCAUUGUCCCAGAUCAAGAGCUACAGCAAUGGCGAUGACAGAUAUCUCAGAUGAUGUGGUUAUAGAUAUUCUCCCUCGUCUUCCAGUGAAGUCGUUGAUGAGAUUCAACUCCGUUUGCAAAGCAUGGCAUGCUCUCUUCAGAAACCCUGAUUUUAUUUCCAUGCACUCUGUCAAGCGAGCAGCUCUAUGCAAAUCCAACACCCCUCUCCUCGUCAAGCGUGGCGCCCAUGGAGAGAAUUGUUUAACCUUUAUUUCUUCAACUGCAAAUCACGACGGCAGCGAGAAGACGCUUUGGAUCAAGGAAAUUAUUUAUCUUCCGAUUGGCUGGAACCUUCUGUCCAACCCAAGAGUCGUGGGUCCGUGCAAUGGCUUACUGUGUCUGUUUGAGCAUACAAAUCCGGUUAAGAUUGUUCUCUGGAAUCCUGCUACAAGAGAAUUCAAGCCUCUACCUCUCGCCCCCAUUGAGAAUGAUGAUUCUUCUUCAACACAAAUUACCUUCUGUGAGGAAGUAGGAUUUGGUUUUGAUAGCAAGAGUAAUGAUUACAAGGUGAUAAUGUUUAUCUCUGAUUUAAAAGGUGGGAGGAGGAGGCUACGACGAGCGGAGUUAUACUCUCUGAAGCGUGAUUGUUGGAAGGAAAUCCCUUCUUGGAGAGGGAUCCUUCCUGCUGCUGAUGAUAUUGUGUUUGAUGUUAGACUCUCCAGCCUUUACGUUGAUGGAGUCUAUUACUGGUUGAUGGUUGGUGAUCAUACUGAUUGGAUUAUGUCAUUUAACAUGGCAGAUGAAGUGUUUGACAUUAUGCCGCUGUCGAAUUUUUCUGUUUCUAUUGCAGAUGAAGUGUUUGAGAGGACGGGAAUGCCGGCUUCUUCUAGGAGAGGUAGAUACCGUACCACUCUUGCAAUUCUUGAUGGAUCUAUUCAUGCUUUUCUUUAUCCCCGGUCGUAUAGUUUCGAAGAUUAUUUUGUUUAUAUAUGGGUUAUGACUGAAAAUGGAGUGAAGGAGUCUUGGAUCAAACAAGCGAGAAUUGGACCGAUUUCUAGGGAUCAUCUUCCUGUAGGAUUUUGGGAGAGUGGUGAGUUGUGUUUGGAAGAUUCAAUUGGCAAGUUAGUCUUGUAUGACCCUGGUACCCAGAAGGUCAAGAAUCUUAAACUCCAUGGGGUAAAAUAUAGACUCCUCCCUGCAAAUUAUGCAGAGAGUCUUGUUUUCAUCAAUGGUCGAGGAGAGGAUGAGGAUAAACCUAUUAUUCGUGUAAGAUAUCGAACCGUGAUAUCGAGCUAGUUGACGAAACAUGUCUCCCCAGAUUUUACUCUGGUUUAUGAAAACUGAAGUUGCUGUUUUAUGUAUUAAGUCUCUCAUUUUGUUUUAUCUAUCUUUCAUAUAUGAAUUACUAGAAGAAG